UCUCUAUCACAACGUCACCACGCCACGCCACUUGGCUUUAUGACGUCGGGGCGCCCGAGCUAAUUUAGUUACAUUUCGGGGAGGCCGAGUGGGAUGGGCGCUGUGGGAAGGAAAGCGGAGUCAGGCAGGCGUACGCAACAUAAUGGGCGUCGGGGAGGAGCGAUCCCUUGAAGACGAGGGUCCAUCCUCUGAGACCGACCACUCCUCCUGGAGACGUGAGAGCUCAGCAUCAGGCAUUCUUGAAACCGCGACUCCGAAAGCGGAUACAGAGAGGCCUGACAAGGACAGCACCCCAGCCUCCAUCCAGAGUGAACCCAACUGUGAAUGGACGGAGCAGGAAGCCAUGGCGUUGCAGGAGGCUAGUCUCAACACCCAAAUGGAAGCCAGCAACGGGCACGGCGAAAAUAAGACCUGCCCCGUCCACACCACCCCCGCAGGGGACGCCAAGCGUGGCUUUCGCAAAAACAGGAACGACUACGUGAAGAUUUCCAUGAAGGAGUCAGACACCAACCGCCUGCCGUCAGAGUGGUGGAAGACCAUGCUCCUCUUCCUCUAUGUCAUCUUCAGUCUGGUCUUGACCUCGGUGGUCAUCACAGUGGUCCACGAGAGGGUUCCGCCUAAGGAGAGCAUACCGCCGCUCCCCGACACCUUCUUUGACUAUAUUGACAGGGUCAAGUGGGCCUUCACCGUGACAGAGGUCAAUGGCAUUGUCCUGGUAACCAUUUGGUUCAUACAGCUGUUCUUCCUAAAUUACAAGUCCAUCGUGUGCAGACGCUACUUCUUCCUGCUGGGGACCUUGUACUUGUACCGCUGUAUCACCAUGUACAUCACCAUCCUGCCUGUCCCUGGCAUGCACAUGACCUGCGCGCCCAAGCUGUACGGAGACUUUUAUGCAAAGUUCCAGAGAAUUCUGCGGCUGAUCUCCGGCGCUGGCCUGUCCAUUACCAAGUCUCACAUAAUGUGCGGAGACUUCCUGUUCAGCGGACACACCGUGAUGCUCACCCUCACCUACCUGUUCAUCAAGGAAUACUCCCCUCGGUCCUUCUGGUGGUACCAUCUGAUGUGUUGGCUGCUGAGCGCCGUGGGCGUGGUGUGCAUCCUAGUGGGGCACGAGCAUUACAGCGUGGACGUGGUGGUGGCCUAUUUUGUCACGACACGCCUUUUCUGGUGGUACCACACCAUGGCCAAUGUACAGUGUCAGUGCUCCCCUAACAACUACCUCACCAACGUCUGGUGGAACCCUCUGUUCAACUUCAUGGAGAGGAACGUGCACAUGCCUGUGCCGUGCGUGUAUGGCUGGCCUAUCAGCUGGGCCCCCGCUUGCCUGAAAAACCCUUGUAAAAAAUACUCCAUCGUACAGAGCACACGGGACGAGUGACCGUUGAUACACUGGUUGACGAGAGGUUUUGCAUUGCUGUUUUUAAUGAACAGGAUUCAUCACGCUUUGUCUGUCUGUCUGUGUCAUUUGCUGUUGUAAUUUAUCUUUUUCUCUGCAUGUGUGUAUAACUGAUACUUGUGCCAGCCAGUACCUUCUAGAGCAUUUGAGAACCGACUACACUACCAAAUUUGUUAUUGAAUGACCUCGCUAUCAGUGUCACAAGGUGCCUUAGUGGGUUCAGUGUCAUUAUAUGUACCAAAACUGCCUUUAAAAUUCACUGAAGACUAUCACUAUUAAUUUCGAUUCAUUUCAGAACCCCUCAAUGUGUGUAUCAUUGCAAUGGUAUUUACAUUGUAUUAAACUGAAUUUAAGUAAACGUCUUGUUUUCACUCAUAAAUCAUGACAAAAUAUACUGGGGAUUUUAACCAG